CGCGCAACAACAACCGAUACUAUCGCGAAAAAAACAAUGCCAAUGGCGACGAGCAACAGGCAGCGAUUGUAAUCUGGUCAGGACUUACUCAACUCACUCUUUAAAAUCACUCCGAUGGGAGAUAACGGCGCAUUCGUACAUAUUAUGCACUGAAUGCGUCUCGCCUGCACGGGUUUCGCGCAGCAGCUGAGUUUCUGGUGCAGCUGGUUGCUCCAGUCUAUCCUCAUUCAUCCGUGGCGGAUGAUCUGGAUUUGACCGCGGCGCGUUCUCCGAGGUUGAACUUUGCUAACACUUCAUCUGCCAGAUAGAAUCAGUGUUCAAAGUUUCAACAGCGUAUUUGCUCAAGUGUCCCGUUGGAGCUGGUUGCAAGCUGUGCAUCCACGAGUAUAGUUGUUGCAAACUAAAUGCUCACAGACUUCGGUGUUCUCUCUUCUUUCUUUCCUUCAUUUAAACUCUCUUGGAGUUUCCAGAUGGCCUCUGCGUGGCAAAGCAUCCUCUCUGUGCACCAGAGGAUAGUGGACAAUGGAGACAAAAGGGCGGACCAGUGGCCGCUGGUCUACUCCCCCGUCCCCAUCGCACUCAUCUUCCUGGUGUACCUCUGUGUGGUCUGGGCCGGCCCUCGUCUGAUGAAACACAGAGAACCCUUUGACCUCAAAAUCUUUCUCAUUGUUUACAACUUCGCCAUGGUCGGCCUGUCGGCCUACAUGUUCUACGAGUUCGUGGUCACAUCCUGGCUCUCGAACUAUAGCCUCCUCUGUCAGCCUGUGGACUACAGCGACAGCCCCCUGGCAGUGAGGAUGGCCAAAGCCUGCUGGUGGUUCUUCUUCUCCAAGGUCCUGGAGCUCACGGACACGGUGUUCUUCAUCCUGAGGAAGAAGAACAGCCAGCUGACGUUCCUUCACAUUUACCACCACGGCACCAUGAUCUUCAACUGGUGGGCGGGCAUCAAGUAUGUUGCCGGCGGGCAGUCGUUUUUCAUCGGCCUGGUCAACACCUGUGUCCACAUCGUGAUGUAUUCUUACUACGGCCUGGCUGCGCUCGGCCCUCACAUGCAGAAGUACCUGUGGUGGAAGAGAUACCUCACCUCUCUGCAGCUGGUGCAGUUCCUGCUCUUCCUCCUGCACACCGGCUACAACCUGUUCACAGACUGCGACUUCCCCGACUCCAUGAACGCGGUGGUGUUCGGCUACUGCGUCACGCUCAUAUUCCUCUUCGGUAACUUCUAUUAUCAGAGCUACCUCAACAAGAAGAAGCAGAAAUAGGAUGCAAUGGGUGGGGAAAAGCAGAAUCUUACCGGCACAAAGAAUAACAACAAACAACAGGCCUGACAGCAGACGGCUCUCCUUCAGCUCCUUCAACUCCGUAGCACAAAUUCUAGAAAAUCACCAGGUUUCCUGCCAGCUUAUUGUUCUAUUUUUGUUUAUUAUUGCGAAAGUAACAAAUGACUUGUUAUCAUAAAAAUAUAAUGUUAUCCACGUUACAAUGACCCUAACCCUAACCCGUGUCAUUUGCAAGUGUCUUCAUCAUUUCAAGUGUUUGAUUGUAAAAAUAAAUGUUAUUUCUUCUUGGUAUUUUAAUUUAAA